GCGGGCGGCGCGGCCAUGGGCGAGGCGGAGGGAGGCUCGGCGGGCGCAGUGGAGAAGCCGCCGCUAUCCGCGGCCGGGCCUGGAGCCGCCGCGGCGGUCGCUGCCGCCGUUGCAGCCGCCGCCGCGGCAGCUGCCGCCGCUCCGGAGCCCGGCGUGCCCGCGGAGGAGGCGGUGGUGGUGUGGAGCCCUGAAGUGGAGGUUUGCCUCUUCCACGCCAUGCUGGGCCACAAGCCCGUAGGUGUGAAUCGCCAUUUCCACAUGAUUUGUAUCCGGGAUAAAUUCAGUCAGAAUAUUGGACGGCAGAUUUCAUCCAAAGUGAUUUGGGAUCAUCUGAGCACCAUGUAUGACAUGCAAGCUCUUCACGAAUCUGAGAUUCUUCCAUUCCCUAAUAUAGAGAAGAAUUUUGCUCUUCCUGACGAAAUGAUUCAAGAAGUGAGAGAAGGAAAAGUAAUGAUAGAAGAAGAAGUAAAAGAGGAAAUAAAAGAAGAGAUGGAAACACAUGCAGGUCCAGAAGAAGUUUUUGCACCCUCUGGAAGUUUAGGAAAAACAACUGAAAAACCAAGCAGCAAAGAGAAAGAGAAAACUUCAUCAGAUCCUGGGUCCAAAGAAGGAUCUGAUAAGAGGAAGCGCAACAGAGUCACUGAAAAGGUCUUAAACGCGAACAGUAAUCCUUCCAGCCCCAGUGCUGCAAAGCGGCGCAGAACAUGAAGCAAGCUGUGAAAGAGAGAAGUCAAAACUGGAACAUGAGGAGGGAACAGUAAAAAACGAGUAGCAGGAUACUCGCUACAUAAACUUUUGGAGGAGGG